AAUCAUGAAUAUUCAUUUUUCAGUUAAGCCGUUCGCGAACAUAAACAUACGGUACGAAAGCUGUGCGAGACAUGAUACCAUUGCUCACCCGUCCCAACCCGGCGCGGCCCCGCUUACAAUUGGGUUGGCUUCGCUGUGAUAUACUGGACGUCCGACGUGAUCGACGUGAACUACAGUUCUAAUGCUGUCAUCUUGUGCUUAAAUUUUUGACGAUUAUGGCAGAACCAGAUGAUAGUUUGUUAACACAGACCACAGAUACGGAACCAGCAUUAGUCGUAGGUGAAAUUAAAGAGAAUAGAGAAACCCGAUGUGAAGACACCGGCAUGGAGGAGGAGGCUGUGAGUGAUGAUCCAACUAAUGGUGAGGAGGUCCGUCUUUCAGAGACAAAUGACGAACCGGAACAAAGCCCAGUUUCUAUGCAGGAAGAUAGACACCUUGUAAGAAGAACUUCUGAAAGUGAUGACAUAGAAGAGGAAGAAAGAGAGGAGGAAAGCACAGAACAAGAGAUUGCAGAGCAAUAUGCUAAAAUUAGGGAAAGAAUUCAAAAAUCAAAACUGUAUGUGAAUGUGGAGCCUCAUCAGUGGCCUAUAAUCUACUCACCCGAUUACAAUAUUAGCUUCCUUGGAUUCGAGAAACUCCAUCCAUUUGACUCAGGAAAAUGGGGAAAAGUGUACAAUCUACUCAAAAAAGAAGGGAUGUUUUGUGACGAGACUACAGUCUGUCCUUUAGAAGCCACAGAAGAUGAUCUCUUAGUAGCACAUACAAAGCAAUACAUCUCUCGUUUAAAGAAGGAUAUAUCAGAGGGCUUUCCUAAGUGGAGUAUUUCUGUAGCGGGUAUAACAGAAAUACCUCCUGUCGCUCUUCUUCCAAACUACAUUGUUCAGAAGAAAGUGUUAAGACCACUCAGAUUACAAACUGGUGGAUCUAUCUUGGCUGCCAAACUAGCCAUGGAGAGGGGUUGGGCAAUCAACAUUGGAGGUGGAUUCCACCACUGUUCCAGUAAGCAGGGCGGAGGCUUCUGUGCUUACGCUGACAUCACCUUGGCUCUACGCUUCCUCUUUCAUCAAGGUACCAUAAAGAAGGCCAUGAUCUUAGAUCUGGAUGCACAUCAAGGCAACGGCCACGAGAGGGACUUCAUGCAAGAUAAAGAGUCUGUCUAUAUACUGGAUGUCUACAACAGGCAUAUAUACCCAAGGGAUGGAUUCGCAAAGAGGGGCAUCAGCCGAAAGGUAGAAGUGAACUACUUCAUUGCAGAUGAGCAAUAUAUGACAUUGGUUGCAAGUAACCUGGAAGCAGCAUUGAAUGAGUUUGUUCCUGACAUACUGGUCUACAAUGCCGGCACAGAUUCCCUUGAAGGAGACCCGCUUGGAGCUCUCUCCAUCACUCCACAGGGAAUAAUCAAACGCGAUAUGAUGGUGUUUGAAUUUGCUCGUGACAGACCUAAGCCUAUUCCAAUCGUCAUGGUGACGUCUGGAGGAUACCAAAGAAACAAUGCAGAUAUCAUAGCAGCUUCAAUCCUCAACCUAUGGAGGAGAGGGCUUAUAGCAUGUCCAGAGGCAGAAGAAUAUCAAGGUAAGCAAGAGCCAUCCUCAUCAACUAGUAGACAACCAGAAGAAGGAGAAACAGCAGGAGAAACACCUUCCACAUCAAAUGCUGACGCUACCACACAGGGCAAUAGAGGAUUCUUCAGAUCCUUCCUAGGAUUCUUGGGAAGAUGAUUGGCGUUAGGCAUUGGUAGGUAAUGUCUUCUGGACCACAUUCCCAUGGAAAGCACGAGAAGAUUCUACUGUUCACCACUGCACUGACAUCUAUGUACACCAAGAUAGAGACUCUCUCACAUGACAAAGUGUUCAUUUUUCAUGAUUUAUACUGCUUGUCCAUAUGUUCGAUCAUUGGUAGUUUAUCGCUUAUUGUGAUUGUCAUAAGCUAGUUGGCACUAAUUUAUUAGAACUACUCU